UGUGGUUCAUUUUCUAUUGCAAAGGCAGUUAGCUAUAGCACCAAUUGGGUUGCCCUCAGGCUGUUUGUCUGUAUCACAGCCAAAUAAGUGGAAUCAAUAGGAAAGAGACGUUGCCCUUUGACCUGUUCAAGGUAUUGAGGUCAUCAAGAUGGCUGCCAACAGGCUGAAGACUAUCACACAGCACCUGACAGUGUCGCCUGAAGGGUCUCAGGGUGGACUUAAGGUGACAGCUGUCCCCAGGAGUGGUGGACUCUCCAGCGUCCCGACUAGCCAUGAGUUCCGCUACACUGUGGAUGGCGGGGUCCUCACUCACCAGCAGAGAAAGUUCUACGAGGAAAAUGGCUUCUUAGUCAUCAAGAAUCUGAUAUCACAUGACAAGAUUGAUGUCUACCGCCAAUAUUUUGAGGAUAUCUGCCGUGGUGAGGUGACUGUACCUGGCCUGACCAUCAUGAAGGACAUCAGCCUCCUCAAGUCAAAGGCCAACCUUCCUAAAGACAGCUCAUCUGUCACUAAAAUACAGCAAUUUCAGGAUGACCCUGUGCUGAUGGGAUACUGUGCUGACCCAGAGGUACUGCAGUAUGUGGAGAGCUUCAGUGGCCCCAACAUCUCUGUGGUUCACACCAUGCUUAUCAACAAGCCUCCAGACCCAGGCAGCAAGACUUCCCGCCAUCCCCUGCACCAGGACAUGUACUACUUCCCCUGGCGCCCCGUAGACAGGGUGGUUUGUGCCUGGACAGCCAUGGAACACGUGGACCGGUCCAACGGCUGCCUGGUGGUGCUGCCUGGUUCCCACAGGGAGGGCGUCAUCAAGGAACAUGAUUCCCGCAAGUUUCAGGGAGGAGUGAACUAUUUGUACCAUGGGAUCCUGGACUUUGAUGAGAAGAGUCCCCGUGUGCACCUGGAGAUGGAGAAAGGAGACACAGUCUUCUUCCACCCCCUCCUCAUCCACGGGUCCGGUAUGAACAGGACCAAGGGGUUCAGGAAGGCAAUCUCUGGACACUAUUUCCAGACAGACUCCACCAUUAUAGAUGUGACAGGAACAGUUCAAGAGAAGGCCCAAAGGGAGACAGUUGAAAUGUUCCUUAAGAAGGGGAAGCUGCCCAAGGACCACCCCUUGAACAAAAUGUCAAUGAAGGAACUGGCCUUCGUGAUUACCGAAGGUAGAAGCCGUGUGGUGAGGGGUAAACCUGCUGGUCUGCAGUACUGAGGUCAAGACUGAGGCAACUGGCUGUUGGCAAAACUUUCUGACAGAAACAUCAACAUUUUCUGCGGGUAAUCCUGAAGGAAUAGCUUAAAAAUGAUUCUGAAAAAAAAGAUUUCACUACCACAUUCCUUUUUACAUCAAGAAUCAGGAACUGUCAGAAGGAGUUCAGUGAUUCUAUGACAUGAUGAACUAAGAAAUCUUGGGCUAUCAUGAACAUCACAAUCUGUAAUACACUCAAUAACACUAGAUUUAAAUGGUAUUGGUUGGGGUUGCAGUCUCUCAGAGGGGACACAUUCAGUUUAAAGUGAGGCACAUCUUGAUGUCAAAAAGAGAAUUGUCACACCCAUCACUUCCCAAAUCACACACGACAACACAACUUGGUUAUGCUGUGAGACAUAUGAAUUUGUUUUAUAUACA